UUUGCAGUGCAUCAGGUUCUGCAUGCAGCACCUUCUGCACGCACGGCUUUGCCCGCUCCAUACGGUGCAGUCCCACCUCACGCCCUCCCCUCAUCUCAUCCCCCCCCCCAAAAUUGCACCCCCCCUUCCACCAACCAGCUCUAUGAGAUGAGCGAGACGUUGCUGCAGUACUUCCCGGGCCCCCAGGACAAAAUCUACUCCCUGCUGGAUUCCAUGCGUCGUUUCAUCGCGCGCCGCGUGCGCAGCAACGCCCAGAGCCUGGAGCCCAGCAACCCCCGCGACUUCAUCGACUGCUUCCUGCUGCAGAUGGAAAAGGAGAAGAACAACCCGAACUCGGAGUUCACGAUGGAGAACCUGGAGCUGACGGCCCUCAACCUCUUCUUUGCGGGCACAGAAACCAUCAGCUCCACGCUGCGCUACGGCUUCGUGCUGCUCAUGAAGAACCCGGCCGUGCUGGAGAAGAUGCAGGCGGAGAUCGACGCUGUGAUCGGCCGGGAGCGGCCGCCCCGCGUUGAGGACCGCCCCGCGCUGCCCUUCAGCGACGCCGUGAUCCACGAGAUCCAGCGCUGCGCCGACCUCAUCCCCAUGAACGUCCCGCACAGGGUGACCAGGGACACCGAGUUCAGGGGCUUCCUGCUGCCCAAGGUGGGGGCGGGGGGUAUGGGGA